AUGGGAGGGGCCCCCGGCCUCCAUGCCGCAUCCGUCUGCUCCUGCCCUCCCGGCUGCCGCAUCGAGCCCCAGUCUCGCUUCCUUGCUCGGCCGGGACUGGGCGUCUUGUAUGAUCCCGCGCCGUCUCUCUCCCCCGACGGUCGACUGGUCGGCUCCGGCUGUGCUCCCGUUGAUGGCUGCAUCCACGGGGGAGAGGUGCAGACGUUCACGAGUUUUGGCAACAACAACAGCUACAUGAACAUGGCGGAAGCAAAUAAUGCAUUUCUCACUGCGAAUGAGCAAACAUUCCAUACCCCAAGUCUUGGAGAUGAAGAGUUUGAAAUUCCACCCAUAACGCCACCUCCUGAGCUAGAUUCCACCAAUCUAGGAAUGGCAGACAUACUCCUACCUUUCCAAGGCUUAAGUGACCAGUUAGUCAUGCAGGGGAAUGAAUUCACUCCCCAGUUUCCGCCACAGAGCUUGGACCUUCCCUCCAUUACGAUAUCGCGAAACCUGCUAGAGCAAGAUGGCGUCAUCCAAAGCAAUGGGCUGCAUAUGGAUCACAGUCACACGGACGGGUCUCAGUACCGCCAGGACCACUCCUUGAUUAUGAGAUCUAUUGUCCAUAUGACAGACGCCGCUCGUUCAGGAAUCAUGCCUCCUAACCAGCUGACCACCAUCAACCAAUCCCAACUCAGUGCCCAACUGGGGCUGAAUUUAGGCGGGGCCAACUUACCGCACACUUCUCCGUCCCCUCCCGCUAGCAAGUCAGCAACGCCCUCCCCGUCGAGUUCGAUCAACGAAGAAGACGCAGAUGACUCAAACAGGACUACUGGGGAGAAGAGAGCCGCCCCGGAUUCUGGCAAGAAGCCCAAGACUCCAAAGAAGAAGAAAAAGAAAGACCCCAACGAACCCCAGAAGCCGGUGUCAGCAUAUGCCCUGUUCUUCAGGGACACACAAGCAGCAAUUAAAGGGCAGAAUCCCAACGCUACCUUUGGAGAGGUUUCAAAAAUCGUUGCCUCGAUGUGGGACAGCUUAGGAGAAGAGCAGAAGCAGGUGUAUAAAAGGAAAACUGAAGCAGCCAAGAAAGAAUACCUUAAGGCGCUCGCAGCCUACAGAGCAAGUCUCGUUUCCAAGGCUGCUGCCGAGUCGGCUGAAGCCCAGACCAUCCGCUCCGUCCAACAGACGCUGGCCUCCACCAAUCUGUCCUCGUCUCUCCUCCUGAACGCUCCUCUUUCCCAGCAUGCAACAGUGGCGACAUCCCCCCAGACUCUGCAGCAGUCCCUCCCCCGGGCAAUCGCCCCCAAGCCUUUGGCCAUGCGGCUCCCCAUGAACCAGAUUGUCACCUCCGUCACCAUCGCCCCCAACCUGCCGAAAAACAUUUCCUCCCCCUUGAUCAGCUCCAUGGGAUCCGGCAUGGUGGGCGCGUCGGCCGCGGCGCCCUCGCAGGCGAGCCCGUCCUUGCAGAGCCAGCAGCACCAGCUGCAGCAGCUCCAGCAGAUGCAGCAGCAGCAGAUGCAGCAGCAGCAGCUGCACCAGCAGCAGAUGCACCAGCAGAUCCAGCAGCAGAUGCAGCAGCAGCAUUUCCAGCAUCACAUGCAGCAGCAUUUGCAGCAGCAGCAGCAGCAGCACCUCCAGCAGCACAUGCAGCAGCAGCUGCAGCAGCUGCAGCUCCAGCAGAUGCAGCAACAGCAGCUGCAGCACAUGCAGCACCCUUCGCAGCCUUCCCCGCAGCAGCAGCAGCAGCAUUCCCCCGCGGCCGCGCAGAUCACUUCCCCAAUCCCGGCCAUUGGCAGCCCGCCACCCGCCUCCCAACCACACCAGACCCAAAUACAAACCCAGACACAAACCCAGCUCUUAGCGCAGGCCAGCAUUUUCUGAAGUUGCGCGUUCCUUGCGCAGCUCCGCAUUCCUGAAU